UUUGAAAUUGAAAACUUUCUUUACAUGUACUUUAUUAACUCAAGAAAUACUAUUUUAGUAGAAAAAAGAAUAAAACCUUUCUGGACUUGAACCCGCGAUCUGCAGAUCAGCAGUUGACAUGUUAACCUACUGAGCUACUCAGCUAGGCAAACUACAGUUCAGCAGUCGAAAUAUUAACCGACUGAGCUACCCAGCUAGGUAAUCUUCAGUUCAGCAGUCGACAUAUUGACCGACUGACCUACCCAGCUAGGCAAUCUAGAGUUCAGCAGUCGACAUAUUAACCGACUGACCUACUCAGCUAGGCAAUUUACAAUUCAACAGUCGACAUAUUAACCGACUGAGCUACCUAGCUAGGCAAACUACACUUCAGCAGUCGACAUAUUAACCGACUGGGCUACCCAGCUAGGUAAUCAGAUUUAAGGAGUACAUACAUACUUCAUCGUCAUAAUGGCUGACUUCCUGUUAAAUAAUGAAUGAAAAUGUAAACAUCAGAAAUUGGCUAGUGACCUUUCUACAUGAGUGGGAUUUUUUUGGAAUGAAAUAUUAAACGCUAUCCAAACAAUAAACAAACAAACAAUAAACAAACAAACAAUAAACAAACCAACAUACAUUAUAUGACUCAAAAGCAUACAGCCGUACAAAAAUUUAAUUUUACUCGUAAUUAGAAAUUGUUACAAAUAAAACCUUUGUGAAAAUUCAUGGUAACUGCAUUUUGGUGUGAGUAUUUUUAUUUUCUGUUCAUGUCUAAACAGUGUUGCUUCCAUCCGUCUCUACUAUACAUAAUCCAUUGUCCAAGGCUUUUUUCAGCUCAUGAAAAUUCUAAAAUAUUAUGAAAAUGUUUCUUACAUCUUUGUCUUAUAAGAUGAAUGAAUAAAAUCAGAAAGAAAAGAAAUAGAAAACCCAAAACAACAACAAAUUUUUGGAACUUUUAAUUGUGCAUGGCCAUUAAGGCAGUUACAAGUUACAAGGCAGUUUUAAAUUUGACAGUACGCACAUGGCUGACGAUUUCAAAGUUAACUCGGCACAUGUCAAACACUUUUGAUUUAUAUUGUAUAAGUAUACAUGUGUAGUUUGAAUAUUAUUACUCAUGACUAUAAAAAUCAGGGCGUCAAUUGCAACACAGCCUACGCGAGUUUCAUAAUCUGGUAGACUCUUACGUUAUUCGGAGUUUCCCCUAUUUUUGUUGAGAAAUUCCACCUGCCCAGACCUCCAAUUAGAGGUCACCACAGAGAUGUUAAACAGUGAGUGUGUUACAAGACAGGAAAAUGUGUUUAUUUAUUCCAACAAAAAGAAUUAUCGUUUAGGGUCGGUAGAAAUGCGGUCAAAGAUACGCGUGUUUUAGAAGUUCAGGUCAGGAUUUGCUUUUCCGAAGCUUUUUUUUAUUUUUACAGUAUUUAAAUAUACAGCAUAUAGAAACAAAAUUUAAAUGUAAUGAAAAUAUGUACAUUUUCUCAAACUUGUUUCAUUUUGAUUCAAUUUUGAAACUCUCUAAUAUCGACAAUCGAGAAUAAAGAAAGAAAAAUAAAGUUUAAUUUUCUAUUGCAUUUCUCAAUUACCUGCUGAAACGUGUUUUCGUUGUGAACUGAGGGAAAAUUAACUUCCCAAUUUACGGAUUUUUUUCCCUCAAAAGUCAAAAGUUUCAGCGCAGACAGGGAAAUGUCAAAGCCUAAUCGGAAGGAGUAAAAUACGAACCCGUGACAUAAACCCGAUUUGUCAUCAAUUCCAAUUUUAAAGAUCAACGAUAUUGCGUUUGAAUAAUUUAUAACAAUUUAAAAAAAAAAUCGAAGGAAAUAUGUGUUAUCAUUCAUGUUUCCCCAAACAACUAUUCAUUUUUAAUCCAUGCAUUUCAUACACUGCUUUUUAUUGGAGUAAUUAUUUUGAUAUUAACCCGAAUUCAUUAUUUGUGACACACUGAUUUAUCUCCAGUGUAUGACGGAUAAAAAAAAUUAAACGAAAAUAGCAAUGAUCGCGAAACAAGGUCUCCUCGCGGAACUUUAUGAAACGAAUUGAAAUAAUGAGCUUCUUCUCCGUAAAGCCCGGCUGUAUGUUCCUCGUUCACACUAGAUACCACUUUAACAGAACCGAAUCGCGAGUGCAUUUGAAUCGAAUAAAUAAAAAUAUACCGCAACCCGGCAGCCAUUGUUCACGUAACGGGUCAACGAUUUUCUGACGGACAGUAAAAUACCUUAGGUAUGCGCAAAAAGGUACAAUCAAUUUGUUUAAUGCUUUAACAUUACUACCGAGUGCUAUCUGGCUGGUGUCGUGUUACGGGGUGUGACGUUGACUGGGGACGAAAGGGCUGGGGUAUUUAAAGCCCGAGGAGGCGGCUCGGCUGGUCGUUCACGGAGCUGUUCCGUACAGGCGGUAAGAUACAACUUUUGACCGAGUUUUUUCUUCUGUUUUUCACCUUUUUUUAAAAUGCAUAGUAGCGGGCUCAUCUAAUGGACAUAUUUGUGUAUGUGGCGUGAAGCUGGCGUGUUUGAGGGUACAAAUGCAGUUUAAGCUUAUUUAAAUGGUACUUAUUGAUUUUUUUUAUUUAUUUCGGUAAAUAGUAAUUUUCAUUAUGACACGUUAGUUACAGCGAGCACCCGGGAGUCUAAGGUAUCACAGAAACAGCCGAUCUUGAGUAAAUCGUAUCUCUUUGAUAAUUUUCUUACAAGUAAAAACACACUAAAACAUUUUGUUGUUAUACUUUAAAUAAAUAUACAUGUAGUAAACACAGGUAAUAGAGAUGAUAUCGAUACAAAAACAAUGUUCUAUAAAUCAAAUAUUAUUUUGAUAACCUGUUGGAGAUAGCUGAACCUCACGGUUGUAAUUGUCUAGACUAGAUCGCCUUGUCGGUACGACUCGUACCAUCGGAAGCAUUCUGUAGAAUAACAGUUCUGUAAACUUAUGUGUAUCUCUUUAAUUAAAAGAUAAUAAUGCGAAGAUAACGAUCAAGGGGUUCAAACAAUGUGCAGCGCGAUAUCGGGUAUCAUCUGAAAGGGGACGCGCCGGCUCUCCCGUCUGUAAGGAAGAAUAUGAGCCUUUGUGGAGUAUGAAGAAGGAAGCUUUUGCGGCAUGAGAUCACAACUUAGUUAUUAAGUUAACUAGUAUGGGGGUUGGGCUGAAGCUGAUCGUGUUAUUACUAGCGGUGCAGAAAGGUUUUUGCCAAACCUGUAACACGAAUAUUGUUGCGUCACAAAGUGAAAUGACGUCACUUACAACACCCGGUUAUAACGGAGGAACCGGAAGUUACACCAGCAAUUUGGAUUGUUACUGGGUACUUGAUGCUGGGGCAGACGACAUGAGAAUUUUGAUGUUUGUGACGUACGAUAUCUCUUGUCCUAAUGACAAAUUCUACAUCCACGAUGGUCCAAAUGGCACUUAUCCAAAGACAGCAGAUGGACUGUGUGGUAAAGCCGUUGCCACGCACUACUCCACGUCACAAAGAUAUGCUUACGUCAGAAUGACGUCAGAUGCUAGUGUAGAACUUGCUGGCCUUCUUGUGGAAUACGUUGCAGCGAAAGACUACUCGGGUAGUGGUUGUGGCGGGAAACAGGUGCUGACGGCCACAGAUACAUCCCAGUAUUUAUCUUCCCCAAGCUUUCCCAGUCAGUAUCCAAGUGACAGUAACUGCCGGUGGACAAUCAAUAAUUAUUUUGGGACUGUGGAACUACAGGUCCUGAUGUCUGAUAUAGAGGCUGGGAAUCCUGCCUCGUGUAACUAUGACCAUUAUGAAAUCUAUGAUGGAGAAUACAUGUGUGAACACAACACCAUUCAUAAAGUAUGUCAGGAAUACGAGGAUGUUCCGGCUUAUAACUACACCUCAAAUGGUACCUCCCUAGUCGUCAAGUUCUUCAGUGAUGGUUCAGUAAACCGCCGGGGUUUCUUUAUGAAAUACAGAGCUAUCACUGCUUCUACAACAAUAGCAAGUACAACUAUCGCUGACACAACAACUGAGGAAGCAACAACUGAAUCAACAACAACAGAAACAACAACACUGACAACAAUAUCAACUGCCACCUCAACCUCAUCAACCACCCAAUCUACAACAAGCUCAUCACCAUGCACAACAAAAGCAACAACAUACAUCACAACGACAAAGGCAGAAGGUUUGACGAUCAACUUUGAGCUACUCCUAGGAUUCAUUGGAGGAUCACUGUUUCUGAUAUGUCUAACAGUUGUAAUCGUUGUGUGUGUAGUGACUAAAGCUAAGCCACCCUCGGGUAAGACCAUCACACCUGUGCAACCCUUCAGACCAUAUGAAACUGUCAACAAAAAUUCAAUUCGAAUACGAAAAGCCUCAAAAAUUCCUAAACAGAUUUCAUCUCAGAGUGGCGUGGUUCAGAAGGUGCCCCCGUGGUAGAAGAAACAUGUAUUUAUUUGAUGUGUACAAUUUUUGCAAUACUCAUGGUCAAUGUGAUAUGUGUUUUAUAUCGGAUUAUUUCUGUGAAUCUUUCUUUUUGUCUGCCUGUCUGUUCAUGUGUUGGAAAUUCGUGAGCACUGCAAUAUCGUCUUAAUUGUAAGUGAGAGUGUUUAUAGUUGUGAGGUGUGAUUUUUGUUAGAGUAUGCUUUUCACCGAUGCAAUUUUCCAAAUGACCACCAAAUGUAUGAAUUAGCUUUUACAAAUCAGAACAAUGCACUGGGAGCUUUGGUAUGUUGUGGAUAUAAUCCUCUCCAAUACAAACGAGUUGGGCCACUUAGUAAACGUUGACUUUGGAACCUUAUCAAAUUUAACAUUAGGCCACAUAGAAUUAAUUUUUAGAUUCUCAUCCCCGCCCGCCCCUCUCAAAACGUCCCGCCCCACCGUCUUUUAUUUUGUUUUUUAAAAAAAGUGUGCAAAAAAAAGUAUCGCAAAAAAAAAAAUCGGGUUCGGUAUACAAAAAAGUCAGAUCAUUUCAAUGGCUGCCUGACAUAUUGGCGCGUUGUGGUUGUGAAGUGACGUUUGAUUCCAGUCAUGUUUGUAAUAAUCAGAAUUCGGAAAGAUGUGGUAGUUGUAAAGAACUGGUGCGGUGUGAUUUGCAGUGAUCCCCAGUCAACCCUUAUUGAUAUAUUUCAUAAUCAUAUAUGCAAGGGAAGUAUGACCAAAAGCCUGGUGUUCAGGACAUGCAUGAAAUCGGUCAGGUGACGAUAUUUGUAGGUCCAGCGAAAACUGAUUUAACAGAAAUGUCAUCAAAUGUCAAAGUAUGCGACGCUGUAUCCUGUGUUGGGAGUUUUAUUGAAUUUGUGUGUCGUAAACUAAAUGAUGGUGAAUUGAAUUCUACUGUUAGUGAAACAACUGAAGUUCGCAAAGUCUCUGCUUUCUGGUGUAACAAUGCGCUUAAAAUGGAAAGACAAUAACCUUGAAUGCAAACAAUCUGCAACUGAUCAACAAAUACGGGAUCUUGCAUGGAACAUGACUGGUAUUGAUGACAUUGAUCCACUACACACCACGCAAACUGACCUUAAGAGCAAAUCUAAACUGCAGGACUUCCUAACCAAACACUGUAGAUUGCGCCAUUACAUGUUUUCUGUCAACAAGUGUGGUUUAGCAUCCUGCUUAAUUUGCAAAGCUCCUACACUUCCUGAAGAAGUCUUUAAUGAUUUGUGUCACCUUCCUGAUCCUACACCAAGUGAUGGGGAGAAGUAUAAAUCCUUCAAUGAUGUUUACAAAACAAAUACAUCUGAAGACUUCAGACCUUCAUUAAAAGUAUCUCUGAAUGGACAGUCAGGAAUAUCUGCUCAUGGAAUGCCCUUUUCUCCAUCUUCACAAUAUGCCAAAAAUGUGGAAAUGGUUAUAUUAUGUAGUCAGUGUGAAAAACCAAGAGUACUCUAUUGUAAAACUGUUGUCAGAGGUACUUCAAGAACACAGUUACAGAGAUCUUUGAAUGAUUUAGAAUAUUCAUGUGGGUCAAGUUUUAUUGAUGUUGAAUGUGAGGACUCUCAUAUCUUGAAAAAAGUUUUUGUCAGAAAAAAUUUGAAGUGCAGUUAUACUAUUGAAAUUCCAUAUUUUUCUGCAGGAUUUGAACCUAUUUGUUAUUAUUGUGGUGAUGAUGAUGGUCUUCAGGCAUCUGAUGAUGAUUAUCCAAUAUGUUUGAAAUGUAAAAAUGAAGGAAAGAAAGUUGUAAAGAGGCGUACACGUACAAAAUAAAUUGUAAAAUCAAAUUGGUAUACAUUUUGUGAAAUUAAAAGAUUAAAUAUUGUUUUGUUUACUCAUAUUUUUAUUAGCAUUAACGGUGUAAAAAUAUAGAACAAUUGUUAUCAAUGAAAAGAAUGUGAAAUGAAUAUUUUUAAAAAAUAAAAAAUAAAAUCCACCCACCCACCCCAUUUUUUUUGCAAAUCAGGAUGAGAAUCUAUAUAUUAAUUUUAUGUGGCCUUACCUAUAAGAUAUGGCCUUUGAACCAAAAUAUUGUGGAAUAUCCAAGGAUGAUAGUUUGUUUUUUAUUGGCUGUGUUAAAACAUAUCAAGAAGAAUUGUAGAUGAUUGGUAUGUUCGGAUUAUUUGAUGAGUGCCGUAUCAAACUUUUUAAAUUUCAAUGCAUUAAAAAUGGAAUAAUUGAAUAAAAUAUGUUUUGCGAAAUACAAAAGCAAAGGACUGAAUGACGGUUAUAAAGAACAUAUAUAUGUUAAUGUGCAUGGUAGUACCAUCCUUGGACAUAUUUAUAAAUUGAUUUUUUUUUAAUUCGAGAAUCAUUAUUUUGAUUUGACACAUGUUGACUAGCUUAGUAGCUGGAAAUCAUGAUUUUGUUUUAUCAUAUAUUCUAUGAAUGUUACCACUCUGUGUUCAAGCUGUUGACAUAGCAUGUUCUAAUCGUCUGGUCUAUGUGGAUAAAGAUGCAGUGAUGAUUUCUUAUUGUAAUGUGUAACAUUGUUUGUUAAUAAAAUUUGUUAACUUUCUUAAAAAAA